AUGGCGCCAUCUCCAGCUCCCCACGAGAGGCCGCCUUUUUCUGCCACCGAUGUAGUUGCUUCUGAAGCAUCCGGCAGCACCAAGGUUACUGGUCCGACAUCUCCCACCCAUAGAACACCCACAACCGCAUCAGGGCCUAAUGGCAAGAGCACGAGCGCUGGUCCCCAGAAAAAUGGCGAUAGAGGCAGCCCCAAGGGAUCUGGAGCAUCCUCAGGUGCAAAAUCCUCGCCGAAUGGCCCUAACCGUAAUGAAAUAGGCCGAGCCAAGGUGAUUGUGAAAAAGGAACCCGGAUCUCCAACACUACCAAAUAUGAAACCUCGACCGCGGCGGUUGGACCUGUCCAAAAACACCCUUUCAACACCCAACAACCCAGCCUCAGCAGUGCCUAUGUCAGCCCGUGACAGCCUGGGGAUUCAAGAAGUAGGCAUCGCCUGCCUAUCACCUGGAUUUGUGACGCAGGACCCAGUUAUGAAGGAGCAGUUGCAAAGAAGCAUGUCUGUAAGAGAGCAGCAGCGCAGCAUCAUCGAACAAAGGUUACAACAGCAAUCUGCGAAGGGAGAAGGUCCCAGCGAUAGGGACAAAGAUGCGCUCUCAAACUUUGCCGCCAAGACACCUGGCAUGUCUCGCAGAGGAAAAGCGCCCCCUGGGCUCUCCAUUGUAGCACCAUCUCACGAGCACUUUGCCAAUGAGCGAGUGAUUCAGUCGGCACCGCUUGGUCGCAGCUUCACUGGCCCUCAACAUCACGCGUCAAUGUCACGUCAAGUUGUCAAUCACCCUUCACAUCUGUCCAGCAACUCACAUAUUCACCAUGUUCCUGCUAAUCAGACAAAUAACCGCCUGCCCCCGAUCAGCGACGUCUUCGGGCACAGUGCUACUGCCCAUCCAGACAACGCACCGCCGCCUUUUCAACGAGGAGCUCCUCUGGCAUCCCCAAGUCUGCAUUCAGCACACCAACAGCCUCCCUCAUCUGGCCGACCAAGGGAAUACAAGUCUGCCGAAGAAGCACAACACGAACUGGCUGGAGGAAGACCUGAGUUACUCCCAAAGAUCGUCCAUUAUGGUGGCCACCAACCUCCCACUCCUCCAUCUCCUGCCGCGGGAAGUCGACAACUUGAUGGCAGCCGAACUUCUACCAAACGCCGCACUAGAGCUGAGUACGAGGAAGGUGCAAGCCCUCCACUGGGUUACGGGCCAUCUGCAACGAAGCGAGGACCGUUUGGUGAGGGUAGAGACAGCCCCGAGACACAGCGCGCAAAGAAGGACGAAUUUCUUCGCCUUUGCUCAAGGGCAUGGGACCUAUUUCACUCAUAA